CAAAGACUGUAGUUUGCUUUAGCAAUUGAAGCAGUGAAUUCCAAAUUGAAUAGACAUUUAAGGAAUGGAGAAAGUUCGAGUUAACGUUAUUCUUGUUUGGUUUUUCGCUGUUUAUACUUGCUGCGCAUUUGGAGCAGCGCCAUUGAGGUUGCUGUACAAAACAUCCACUCCGUCAUCAGUGCAAGGUAUUUUACAGAUUUUUUACAAUGGUCAAUGGGGAACAAUAUGUGAUGACUACUGGGACAUGACUGACACAAACAUAGCAUGUAAACAACUUGGCUACAAGAGUUCAGUGAGCUACAAGUACUUAGGACGAGGAUCUGGUCCAAUUUGGCUUGACCUUGUCAAAUGUAAUGGUGAUGAAUCGUCCCUGGAUCAGUGCAAACACCGAGGAUGGGGUAAACAUAACUGCAGGCACACUGAGGAUGUUGGUGUUGUGUGCUAUGCAGGACCAGCGCCAUUGAGGUUACAGCGUAAAACAUUCUCUCCUUCAUUAGUUCAUGGUGUUUUACAGAUCUAUCACAAUGGUCAAUGGGGAACGAUAUGUAAUCGCACAUGGGAAAUGUCUCAUACAAGUGUAGCAUGUAAACAGCUUGGAUUUAAAAGUGCAGAGAAUUUCAAGUACUUAGGGCAAGGCACUGGUCCAAUUUGGCUCGAUAAUGUCAAAUGUAAUGGUGGUGAGUCGUCACUACACCAGUGCCAACACCGAGGAUGGGGUGUUCACAGCUGCAGUCACAGCCAGGAUGUUGGUAUCGUGUGUACUACAGGAACAGCGCCAUUGAGGUUGCUAGGUAAAACAUCUUCUCCAUCCUUAGUGCAAGGUAUUUUACAGAUUUAUCACAAUGGUCAAUGGGGAACCAUAUGUAACGACACAUGGGGCUCGAAUGAAACAAACGUGGCUUGUAAAGUUCUUGGAUACGAGAGAGCAGUCAGGUCUAGGCACUUAGGACAAGGACCUGAUCCAAUUUGGCUUGGUGGAGCUGUAGAUUGUAACAGCGGUGAAUCGUCAUUAAAUCAGUGCCAACACUUAGAAUGGGGUAAACAAUACUGCACUCACAGCCAGGAUGUUGGAAUCGUGUGCUAUACAGGUCCUCCUGUCCAAGUUCGACUGAUUGGUGAUGUACCUAAUGCUGGCCGAGUACAAUUGUUGUACAAAGGUGUCUGGAAAAACCUCUGUGACAGAUAUUAUUAUUGGAAUUCAAAUGCUGCCAAAGUCAUUUGCCGAAUGGCUGGUUAUCCUGAUGGUCAUGCUGUAAGAAUGGAUAACUAUAAGGGAUCAGGCGAUGUGUGGCUCUCUAGCUAUAGCUGUAGUGGUUUUGAACUGUCCAUUGAAUUAUGCUGGAACCUUGACUUGGGAAAAGCGACUUGUUCAGAUAACAGUCUAGCUGGAGUCGUUUGUAAAUCAGGAUCACCUAAUGUUUCAUAUCGACUUGUUAAUGGAUCAGUACCUCAUGCAGGAAGACUGGAAAUGCGAUACUAUGGUUUAUGGAGACCAGUAUAUUCUCAAAGUGGUUUGCGGUUGAACGAUGUUCACGUAAUAUGUCGCAUGAUGGGGUACAAUCAGGGUAUUAUUAACUUCAUAAACUUUGAAGAAAAGAGACGUAGCUAUUAUGUUGACAUGUACUGCAAGGGUUUUGAGAAUACAACGGAACAGUGUGGAGACUACGUCAUAAGGUCUUUCAGUUAUGGGAGAUAUGGGAGACAGGGGACUAUCUGGAUAGUUUGCAAACCACAUACAGGAUUUAGACUUACUGUUCGUUUGAUGGACGGCAUCUCUUUGAACGAAGGCCGCGUGGAAAUUGGAAAUUCAGGGGUCUGGGGCAACGUUCGGGUCAUUUGGUAUAGACCUUGGAGUUUGACAGUAGUUGAUAUGGUUUGUCGUAUGUUGGGAUAUCGCAAUGUAUCAUGGACUGGGCGAGCGAGAGUCUCAGGGAAUGGCUUAAAGAGACUAUUUAGUCAUUGCACAGGCAACGAAACAUCACUAGAGUACUGUAAAUAUUUCCCCCGAUGGUCCUUCUGGUACUCUAUACACUACAUGCGCUUCCAAAGCCAUGAUCUUAGAGUUCGUUGUUCUAGUUAUCAAGAUCCCGUGACAUUACAGAUUCGCCAAGAAACGAGUUUCACGCCCCAUUCUGGUCGAGUUGGUGUUCGCUAUGGUAAUUCAUGGAGUACUUUAUGUUACGAGGGACUAGACUAUCCCGAUGUGAAGGUGAUAUGUCGAAUGCUUGGAUAUGUGGAUGUCAAUCAUGUUUACGCAGUGAGGACACCAAGCUCUACUAAUGGUCGUGUCUGGCUUAGUGGUGUUGAGUGUAAUGGAACUGAAGCUUCAAUACUGAAUUGCAGUCGCACAGGAUGGUGGCAGACGACGUGUGACUUUGACGCUGUAAUCACGUGCAAGACACAAGCGCAAACAGCUGUAGACAUCCGUUUAGAAAACGGUGCCGCACCACAUUCUGGUAGAGUUGGUAUUCGCUAUGGUAACACAUGGGGCACUCUAUGUAACAAAGGAAUGGAUAAGAACGAUGGUAAAGUAAUCUGCCGCAUGCUUGGUUAUGAUGGAGUAAGUCACGUGUUCACGAUUCCUGGAAAUGCUACCAUUUGGCUCAGUGACCUUGAAUGCAACGGAGAAGAAGAUUCAAUUGCUGACUGUAGUCAUUCAGGCUGGUGGCAGACAAGCCAUUGUACCCAUGACCACGACGCUGCCGUAACGUGCAAGUUAGCGGAUGCUCCUCACUUUCAAAUCAGCUCAAGUAACGACAUCACAGAUUCUGCAGUGAUUUUAAACCUUGCCAAAGCUGCUAAGCCACUGGACGUACGAUUGGAAAGCUCGUAUCAAUUUAUGGUUGAAAAAGGUCCUGCAAUACCAUAUCCUAUCACUUCACACAGCAAUAAAACCAUGGAGACAUGCUCUUCCAUCACCAAGACAGUGUUUAAAGAUUCUUACAUCGCUGCAGAGGUUCCAGCCAGUCCAAAUGAUGCUACUAGUUUUACUAUUGGUGAUGGCCUCUAUUACCAUGGUUACCAUAAUGUACCAUUAGAACCCGGAUGUGUGUAUAGGGUUUACUUGAGGAUCGUUACAAUGGCAAUGGAUGGGAAAAAGAUUUUGGGAAAAUCAAGCUUUGUGAGGUUUGCAACAACUUCAUUUCCAGUGGAAAAUCCUCCAGAAUUUCAAAUAAGCGACAGCAGAUCCAUCCAACAGAAAUCCGCAAAAAUCACCUUUCUUCGCAAACAGCAGAGGAAACCAAAAGUUUAUAAACGUUGGUAUCAAGUCAUUGUCGAAAGGACAGGCAUAGACGUGUUCCUAUCCAAAGACAUGCGAGUAAACCAUUCUUACAUCGCUGCUGAGAUACCAACUACCAGUUCUACGUUCACCAUCGGUGAUGGCCUGAAUUACGAUGGUUACAAUAACGCACCACUAGAACCCGGAUGUAACUAUAAAGCUUAUGUGAGGGUUGUUACCAUGGCACCGAAUGAGAAAAGAGUUAUCAGCGACGCGCCAUUCGUAUCUUUUACAACGAAAUCUGGUGCGCAAGGCCAUACUCAAGGACAUUCUGAUAAGAAUUCCAAUGAUCCAUUGGUGAUUGGUUUAGCCGUAGUUUUGGUGAUGUCCAUCGUCGCUCUGAUUGGUCACAUUGUGUAUCAUGUGAUGACGAAGAGGAGAAAGAAAGAAAGGAAAACCGAUGACAAUCCGCAGAUCGAGAUCUCAGAUGCAGUCCGCUUGGCUGGUAUUGAUUCCCAUUAUCAGUCUCUCGUUCAACAGAAUAGACCACAGCAACGUGAAGGCAUUGGUAAAGAAUCCGCCUACCACUAUAUCUCUAAUGUCGUCGUUAGACCGGGAAAAUCUACUUUGUCCCACAUGGAAGAGCCGAUAUACGAAAGACCAAUCUGAUUGAUCCUCAGAGUCAUCAAGAAACAACAAAUAAAAGCAACAAAAUUCUCCACUAAAAAUACUGAACGAAGACACUACGAUGUCAAAAAGCUAAAAAAACUGAAACAGUAGAGCAGUAGAGAUUUAUCUAGCUAUUUUUUUCCCAAAAAGAUAAAAUAGUCAUUUUCACUAAGACGGCCGCCAUCUUGAAUUCUAUUGUUUUGAGUAUUGAUUCAGUAAGAAACUAUAGGAUGCUUAAACCGGACGUAAACAAGAAAUUUAUAGACUGAAUGGCUUUUAAAACGGGAAAAUCAAUAAAAAAGACAACACAUUUGAAUGUUUUGAAGAAUCAAUUUAUGCUAUUGAAGUCCAAAAUUAUCAGUGAAAGAAAUUUUCGGUAUCAUUCUAUAUGACAUUUGACAUGUGCUUUUGUCCCCUGGACAUCCAAUAAUUUCUUCAAAAUUCAAGAUGGCGGCCGUAUUGCAAAAAAGGACCUAUAAUCCUUUUGCACUGAAGAUGUCCCAUUAGUAAAGGUCCCAGUCAUGAGGGUCAGUUAGUAGCACUAAAAACAAACUCAAGAUAGCUCUAUGAUAACUACCUUGGAGUACAACUUAAACAUGUUAGCCACACGAGUAGUUCAAAGACAAACAGUAUAUAAUGAAUAGUACUUUCUAUCAGGGGUAGAUCCAGGGGGGGUGUCAGGGGGGUUCCCUAAUAAAUGUCUAAAACAAUUCAGUGCCGUUACAGUAUACCAGCUUGAUAGAUAACAUAAAAAACGGUCAAUAUAACGACUGUUGAUGCGUCAUUUAAGGUACAAGUAUCAGUAACACGAUUAGAAAUUUUAUUUUGUUUUCAGAAAAAUAUUUGCGCAUAUUUCAUGAUACUUGGACCACGUUUGGCGUGCAGUUAUAACUCCUAAUGAUACAAUGUGAAUAGAAAGCUGCUGGGCUCAAGGAAAACAUAACGGCCGACUCUUUGACGAGAAAAGAAAAAAGGAAAAAUACUGCCCAUGAACCGAAACAUCAGCAGUGCGAAGAACGUUUCAUUUUAAUGUCAUGUUUAGAAUUCAAACCCUAAAAGAUAAAGUUUAAAUAAUCAUA